UUCCUGGUAAAGUGAACACAUCGGCCAUUGAGGCUAAGUUGAAGAAAUCAACGCUUAGGCUUGUUCGAAAGAAGACAGCCCUUAAUAUAAUAAAAUAUCCUUACCUGCCGGACCCGUGCGACUUAAUGCUCUGUUACAGCGGAGACGUUUGAGUCUGUCGGCGUGUGUGCUGCGCCAGGAGUCGGGUCAGAGAGUGUGGGAAAAUGCCAGCUUUUUCAUGGAGGGUUUGGCCUGCACUUGUGUUGCUUUUCUUCCCUUCUACUGUGCCUGCCGAAGAGUCGUCACUACUGGAAGGCUGGCACGAUGUCUGGCUCUUCCGCUUCCUUGUCAACAUGCUCGGAUACUCCACCAUUAUCAUCCCUGGCUACCUCCUCAUUAGCUACUUCAAGCGCAGAAAUUACUUAGAAACAGGGAGUGGAAUUUGCUUCCCUAUUAUAAAGACCUGCGUGUUUGGCAGUGAGGCCAAAACAGGUCUGUUGGAUGACGUGUCAGUUGCGCCCAGGAAUGAGGGUGAUUCAGGCUCGUCACUCAGACAGGUCGUCAAAUUAAUCUUUUGUUCUGCGGGACUUCAGGCAUCGUACCUGACAUGGGGAGUCCUGCAGGAGCGGGUGAUGACACGUUCGUAUGGUGCCACGACUCCAGAAGACGAGGGUGAGAAAUUCAAGGACUCUCAAUUCUUGGUCUUCAUGAACCGUAUCCUGGCUCUGACCGUGUCGGGCCUUUGGUGCAUCCUUUUCAAGCAACCUCGCCACGGAGCACCUAUGUACAAGUACUCCUUCGCCUCACUCUCCAACAUCCUGAGCAGCUGGUGCCAGUACGAGGCUCUCAAGUACAUCAGCUUCCCCACUCAAGUCCUGGCCAAGGCCUCCAAAGUCAUCCCCGUCAUGCUUAUGGGUAAGAUCGUCUCCCACAAGAGCUACGAAUACUGGGAGUACUUUACCGCCGUGCUGAUCUCUGUGGGCGUCAGCAUGUUCCUGCUGUCCAGCACGCCCAGCAAGCACCCGUCCACCGUCACCACCUUCAGCGGGAUCAUCAUCCUCAUUGGCUACAUUGUCUUUGACAGCUUCACCUCCAACUGGCAGGACAACCUGUUCAAGUACAAGAUGUCGUCAGUGCAGAUGAUGUUCGGGGUAAACCUGUUCUCCUGCCUCUUCACUGUCGGCUCACUGCUGGAGCAGGGUGCCUUCUUCGACUCGGUGGCCUUCAUGACACGCCACUCCGAGUUUGCCUUUCAUGCCGUGUUGCUGUCCGUGUGCUCGGCAUGCGGCCAGCUCUUCAUCUUCUACACCAUCAACCAGUUCGGUGCUGCGGUCUUCACCAUCAUUAUGACCCUGCGCCAGGCCAUCGCCAUUCUUCUCUCCUGUUUCCUCUAUGGUCACGCAGUCACCUUAGUAGGUGGAUUUGGUGUUGCUGUAGUUUUCUUGGCACUUUUCCUACGGGUGUAUGCACGUAGCCGCAUGAAGUCAGGCCGGCGGUCAGCGCAGCCGCUUGGACAGAAGGUGUAGCACUCCAAAGUUUCACCGAAAUGGGACCACGUUUUCUGUGGUGCUUUUUUGUCUAUUUGUGUGUAUCUGUUGGGGUCUUUUUGUUCUUCCUUUUAUUUACUGCUCUUUUCCUUUUGUUUUUAUUUUCGUUAAUAAUGGUACAGAAAGGGAUUCUGCAGUUUUGACUCUAAACACCAAGAUGCCCCUAAGGGGUCCAUGUGAUUUGUCAAGUCGGCAGUUACAGACGUUUUGAGUGCCUGUAAGUUUGUCUUAAUACAUGAAACCAUAAACUGUGCAAACUGCCUCAUCACCCCUUUCACAGUUUUAACAGUAGAAUAUUUUUUCCUAAACCAACGAACGUGGCUUGUGCAGCCCAUUAAUAGUUACUGUGACCCUGAAAAAUGUAUGCUAGCUCUAUGGCUAAGCAUUAUUUUCGAGUGUUACUGCAUCUUACUUAACUUUAUCCCAGAUAUUUAAACAAGACUGUCACCUUCUGUAAAGACAGCACUUUCUAUUUGUUGAAGUACCUUUCAGUCACAAUAGCAGGAUGCUUAUGUCACAGUCCUCCAUGUUGGAGAGCAAGGGCCUUUAUGUGUCUUAAUGUGGGAAAUUAUCUUGUAAAGCUUAAACAUAGCCUGAACACAUACAUUACUGUAUAAUUUAAGGUAUAUUAACAUGUUCCAGAGGAUACAGUCUGUAAUAGAGGGUGGUAAUAAAGAGCGCACUACUUACAAACUGUAUAAUUUUACUCCAAUGUCACUGAAGCAGACGCUUCUGUGGGUACUUUUUGCACCGCAUUAAGAUCUUUUUUUUUGUUGUUGCCGUCUCAACACAGAUUUUAUUUAAUGUUUUAAAAUCGGGCUAAAAAAUCUUGUAAAUAUAUCUCUUAAGUCAUUGUUUAUUUCCAACCAACUUGUCUGUUGUGUACUUUUGUAAAAAGACUGCUUCAUGUGUUGCACCGUCACAUGUGAAUGUUUACUGAAUGGAUGAUGAUGAUGCUCAUUGCCGUCAUAAGGAUGUGAAGAUAGCGUUGGCCCAAGGGGGAGUUUGCAGACCUGAAUGCAUACAAGGGAAAUGGCAAUGUUACUGGUACCUUGUUUUUAUCAUUCUAUUUCCUCUGGUAACUGGAUUAAUAAUAAAACAUAUUAAAUUAACUUAA